UGAAUGGCGGCCCGACCGGCGAGCCUACCAACGGCGUUAAGAUUGCGAACAUCAAAUUCAUUGAUGUGAAGGGAACGGUUACGGGUGAGGAUGCCUACAACUACUAUAUUCUCUGCGGCGAUGGUAGCUGCAGCAACUUCUCUUACGAAAAUGUGAAGAUUACUGGAGGUAACCAGACGUGCAACUACCCUGCGUCUGGAUGCCCAAGCUGA